CCAACCGUGAAACUUGAGUUGAAGAGAGCGUCUGAUUCUCUACUUGCAAAAAGAUGUCCGGUAAUGGCAAUGGGUCUAUGUUUGUUUGGCCUUGAAGCACUCGAUCAUGGACCCAAGAAAUUUGUUAUGGGGCAAGUUCUAGCCUUUAAGGGCUUCUCCCGAGCCCAUUGUUUAGGUCCGCCCUUCAGUGGGUAUCAUGACUGUGUCCGUCCGUGUUUUUUUCUCUCUCUGAAUAGGCUGAUGUCAUGUUUGUGUUUGUGCGAAAUACUGAGGAAUAUGUUAAUGUAGUUAGAAGAGAUUUAAACAAAAUUCCCAGUUCAAUUUCUAUAAGAAUAAUCUUGAAAGGAUUGAGUAUAUUUGUGGGGUGGGAGUUGGAUCCCUUUAGGGGCUUUGAAUUUUGUAUUGGAUUUGAAGCACAGUAAGCUAGAGAAGCCGUUAAAAGCAACUGCCCUUUCAAAACCUUCUCCCUCCAAAACCACCCUCCCUGUCUUUCUCCUAUGCAGCAAAGAAACACACCCAAGAACACAGCCACACACUCCCAGAAGAAGAAUUGCACCUAUCUACGAUGAAGAAAUCACUAGCUCUCUUCAGCCGCAAGAAAGCCUGUCGCCCAUUCAAGGACUACUACGCUCAAUGGAUCCAUGCCCUCAACAACACUCUUCUUCCACUUCUUCGCCGCGCCAUGCUGUCCUCUUCUCCCAGUAAUCUCUCCACCCACGUGGAGAUGGUUCACCACCAUUUUCAGGCCUACUACGAAGCCCUUGACCUCGCCGCCUCCAACGAUGUUGCACAACUGCUCUACCCCGAAUGGCGUAAUUCCCUCGAGAAGCCUUUCCUAUGGCUCGGCGACUUCCACCCCUACCUCUUCACCAACCUGCUCCGAUCAUUCCUCGAUGAUGGUGAUGACGACGAUGAUGAUGGUGACCAUGAAGUUGGAGAGACUUGUAGUUUCUGCGACACACCAUGGCAGAUUUUGAUGGCCUGGAAGAAUCCUUCAGAAACCCUGAUGGCCCGGAUCGAGCAAAUCGAGUGUGCUUUAAGGCUUAUGGUUCCAGCGCUUGUGGCUCGGGUGAGGAAUGCACAGUUGGGGCUAUUUGAUCGGGUUGCAACUGACUGGGGGCUGUUUCAGGGGAAAAGAGAGGGGGCUAAAGCCGUGAUUGGAAAGGCAGUAAUGGGUCAGAUGGAUGAGAUGCUGGGAGUGUUCUUGGAUGCCAAUAGGCUCAGAAAGAGCGUUCUUGCAGAGAUCAUCGGCGAAACGAAUGUUUAUCAGGCGGCUCUGUUUCUUGAAGGGCUUGCCCAGUUCUUUGUGGGCUUCAGGGAUCAUGAAUUGCUCAGUGAAUUUGAACGCUGCACGGUUCCUAUCAACUGAAAAUUUUACUUGCGAGUUCAGAUUUUUCCCUUUUCUGUUCUUGCUCCGCAAUGUGAGAUUCUUGGACACUCUUUUGCUGGGUCCUUCUCUUGUCCUCUACUCUGAGCUUUCUUGCAUGUCUUGGAGUAGAAGGUUUCUGUUUGGAUUUUUUGGGUAAGAGUUUUGCUUUUCCCAUUCAAUUCUAUUUCAAGUUAUUAGUCAUUUUGUGUGAUUAUCGGUUGUUUUGAUCACCAAUUACACUGAACCAGCCUGGUGGUACCUUUUUCUUUAGGGAAUUUUCAAAUUCAUAGUUCGGCAUAAUUAUCUGGGAAUGCCUUGUUCAAUCAUGUCUUGUGUUAUUGCAGUGGGUUCUUCAAGAGAGCGAAAAACUAUGUUGUCAACUUUCAUCUUUUUAGUAGUUAUUUGCAAUUCUGGAAUGCUGCCAACUGGCGUUCUAGAAUCUGUUCUGUUUUGAAUGUAAGAAUCGAUGCUCAUUUGAUGAUAAAAAUCAGUCUGUUUCUUGCUACAUCAUCUUAUGUUAAUAGUUUCAGUUAUAUUGGC